UAUAAAAGCUAAUUCAAAAAUGAAGUCAACCAUCAAGAAAAAUCAACAGACUUCACAAUCUUUAUCUUGUAAUUCACAAAGCAGUUGUAAAUUAAGAGAAGCAAUAAAGCGCAAACGUUGUUCCUCCUGCACAGAAUGUUUACCUUGUAAUAAAAAACAAUGUACCUCAAACAUCACGUGUACUAAAGAUAUAAAAAGCAACAAUGUGGACCAUGUUGAAAAUCCUGCAGUUCCCUCUGGUUCAAUUGCAUCGAUGGCUGCUAAGAGUGUUCCUGAUCGAGCUGUAUAUUCUGAUCUUGUGAAGAAAGCUUCAAUGCACAAGCUGUCUGUGUCAUUAGUGCAACUGGAUUUUAGUAACCACGCAGAUUUUCCAGAAGGAAAACCUAUUAAUAUCAAUGUUCAAAGUACUCAUAAUUUGAAUAAUCCCAUUGAGAAUCCAAGCAACUCUGCAAUCUCACCAUCAUGUAGCCAUAACAUUAACUCAGAAGCAGACAAAAAAACAAAGUGUUUGGCCUCGGACAAAUGUUCGAAAAGAACAAAAAGUUUACUUCGAUCAUCUUCAGACGGCGCAAGAAACAAGGCAUCUCAUGCACCAGCCCCUACCCUUGGCAAUGAUUACAUUGAUAAGAGGAUUAAUGCUUCAAAAUCUUGUCAAAAAACUAAUCAGAGCUCCUCUCUUGUGGCAAUUAAUCGACGACCUAAUCUUAAAACAUCAAAACACUCUUUCAAGAACUGGGUUUCUCCACGGCAUCGCAGAUCACUCACAUCUAAUAUCACGGGCUUAAAAAAGUCACAAACUUCUGAAAAAAAGGGGCCUUCCGUGUCAAAAUUUCCCAGUAAUUCUGACAAAAGUUUGCCUUCCUUGUCAAAAUUACGCGAUAUUUCCAACAAAAGGAAGCGUGUAACCAGCACUGUUACUGUAACAAAUUGUGGAGACCCAAAUACUGGGACCAUCGCUUGUCCUGUGGUCCCUUGUGGUGAUAGUGGGUCCGGCACCACAGCUCAGUCCCGACCACAUGCUGCCCCUGGACCCGGGACCGUGUUUAAAAAAUCACUUUCAGACGAGUCCAAGCCUGCUGAAAACGUCAACUUGAAUUCUGCAGUCAAAUUUCCAUGCGAGAAGAGGGGAAAAAAUGUCAAUACCCAUAAUGAACUUCCUUGUGACUCAACCAAUUGCCAGGAAGUAGUUGUGUCUCUAGAAAAAAUUAUGGUUCCUCUAGAUAUGAGGUGCAGUUUUGUUGAAACCGAAUCAGCCCCUGAAAUUGAAACUUGCAAGCGCCCACGUAAAAAAAUUCGACUUACCAGAAAAGUUCCCUUGGACACUGAAGACCGUGCAGGGGCAUCACCGGGAAUAAAUCCGCAAACCAGUUUGCCAGAAACUCUUAAUUUGCCAAAGAAAAAGCUCAUUUGUCAUGCCCCAUCACUCCUUUCACCGAAACUGCCUCUUGAAAUCACAGAAAAAGAAUCAAAAAUUGAGAUGAAAUCUGUGAAAGUUUGCUGCCCCGAGGCACGGAACUUUGCCGUCACUCCUGCCAUGAGGUCUAAGCGCUGCAAUUCUGCAUCCAAAAAUAGGAACCAUGCAAACUUGACUUCGGAGAAGAUCGCGUUGCGAAAAAGAGGCUCUUCGUUGCCUAACAAAGAAUUAAAAUGCAAUUCAAGUGACUUGGUAAGCGUACAUGACAGCGUGGAGGGCUUUGAAGGGUUUGAAAUGAGUCAUGUUGAACCUUUUCCUGAUGAUCCUUCUGCAGCCGAGGAGAUUCUACUUGAGAUGUUUUCUGAUGAGCCUCCUCUAAAAUCAAGUGAUGUAAAUCCUAAGGUUAACAACUCAUCAACUAAGGAGCUUCCUGAUACCUCAAGCGAUGUAAAUCCUAAGGUUAACAACUCAUCAACUAAGGAGCUUCCUGAUGCCUCAAGUGAUGUAAAUCCUAAGGUUAACAACUCAUCAACUAAGGAGCUUCCUGAUGCCUCAAUUGAUGUAAGUACUCAGGCUGUCAAUCCAUCAAGGAAUAGAUGUUCCUUUAAGGGUUUUGCUCCAAGUGCAACCCGGAAAUCAGCACGGACCCAGACAUGUGGCAAGCGCUCCGUUGAGGAAGAUCAAUUCACGGCUAAGGAUAAUAAAUCUCCCAAACUAGAACUGAAUCUCAACGUGAACAACAUUAUUGACCAAGAAGAAGAAAAAUCUACAGCAGCAGCUGCAAGACUUAUCACUCCUUGCCUUAGACAAAUGAAUGAGAAUUUUGCUGGUGAUAAUGUAGCACCUACUAAGCCUUUGCCUAGAAUAUCUAGAAACUGCAAUUUUUUCCGCCCCAUAAAUGGAGGGAAAUCUAAUCCUAUUCAUCGUAAAGAUAUGCAGGGCACUAAUGAACCUAUGGCAAGAAACGAGUAUCACACACGAUCUAGUGGCACCAAAACCAAGGAAUUUUCUGAAAUUGUUGUCAGUGAUCCUGUUGUAAACAAGUCUGUUCAUGCUCCUCAAUUCCAAUUGGACCAUCCAUGGCCUGAUUGUGGGAACAAUAUGGAGGACCUGCUGCUAGAAGCUGAAGAUAAAUGUGAUGUUGAGUCACCGCAUCCUGCGGGAAGUCCUGCUUAUCCUAAAACUUCCAACUUGCAGGUGCAAACUGGACCUCAUUUAAAGUCCGUUAUCAAUAUUCAUGCUCGUUUACAGACACCGAGCAGGAAAAUCAUUGCAUCACAAAUGAUGAAGAGAAGUAACCUUGCAUCGCGUGUAAUCAACAGUAGAAACAUUCCAUCACAAUUUCUGAGCAACAGAAACAUUGCGUCACAAAGUAUGGUAAACUCUGUCGAAAAUAAAACACGUUUAUUUUGUGACUCAUUAGUGGGCAAAGAGAAUCGUGUUGAGCCAAGCGGUGAGGCUCCUGCGAGGGGCUUGGAGGGGCUGCUCCCCGCAAGGAAGAAAGCUCCUGUGAUGUGCCUGAGUAUUACUGAAGUGAAACGUACAAAGAACCCAAAUGUGACUGAACUGAAACAUACAAAGAACCCAAAUGUGACUGAACUGAAACGUACAAAGAACCCGAAUGUUACUGAAAUGAAACGUACAAAGAACCCAAAUGUUACUGAACUGAAACGUACAAAGACACCAAGUACUACUAAACUGAAACCUUUGAACAAGAGCCUGGGUGUUGCUGAACUAAAACGUGCAAAGAACCAGGAUGUUACUAAACUGAUACAUACAAAGAGCCUGGGUGCUGAACUGAGGCGUAAAAAGAACCUGGGUGCUGCUGAGUUGAAGCGCAAGAGCUUGGGUGCUGUUGAAUUGAAGCGCAAGAGCUUGGGUGCUGCUGAAUUGAAGCGCAAGAGCUUGGGUGCUGCUGAGUUGAACUGA